GCUCGUGAGUCCCUCCCCCGUCGUGCUGACCUUCCUUUCGUCAUUGGACGCCGAAUCCAUGUCCUUUCGGGCUGGAUGGCUCGUCAAAUGGCUGGAUUGAAGUGCUGGAGUCUGGAUAACGCAAGCUGACCAAGGCAUUGUUUGAAACAGUCAAAAUGGGUCGCCGUCCCGCUCGCUGCUACCGUUACUGCAAGAACAAGCCGUACCCCAAGUCACGGUAUAACCGUGGUGUCCCUGACCCCAAGAUUCGUAUUUUCGAUCUUGGUCGCAAGCGUGCCUCCGUCGAUGAGUUCCCCUUCUGCUGCCAUCUUGUCUCGGACGAGUACGAGCAGCUUUCGAGUGAGGCCCUCGAAGCCGCUCGCAUUUGCGCCAACAAGUAUGUGACCAAGACCUCGGGCAAGGAUUCGUUCCAUCUCCGUGUCCGCGUCCACCCCUUCCACGUUCUUCGCAUCAACAAGAUGUUGUCCUGUGCCGGUGCUGAUAGGCUUCAGACCGGUAUGCGUGGCGCCUGGGGCAAGCCGUACGGCACUGCUGCUCGUGUGAACAUUGGCCAGAUCAUCCUGUCGAUCCGUUGCAAGGAGGCGAACGCACCCGUGAUCCAGGAGGCGCUCCGCCGUGCGCGGUACAAGUUCCCCGGUCGCCAGAAGAUCAUUGUGUCGAAGAAGUGGGGCUUCACGAAUGUCAACCGUGAAGACUACCCGAAACUGAAGGAAGACAAGCGUGUGCUGCAGGACGGUGCCUAUGUGCAGUUCAUCCGCCCCAGAGGCCCUCUGGAGAACAACCUGCGUGCUCAGCUCCGUGCAUAGACAUGAUGUGUAGAUGGUGGGCUACGACUGUAUGAAUGCAUGGAUUUUCUCUCGGUGUAUUCAAUGGAGCAGAGUGAAGAGUGUAAGUGAGUGUGAACAUGCCUCUUAUUCACUACGCCGUCCAACAUGGGCGGUGGAUAGGGGAACAGAGGCAGAGAUGGAAUGACAGUCGUUUGAUGAGAGGUGCGGAUGUGGGUUGCUAUCCGGGUCUCUAAUUCUGAUGUUCGCCUCAUGGGCGUUGCUGUAACGAGUGUCGACAUAAAUGACUGUACGUACUUUUGUGUAAAGCCGAGUUUGAAUAGAAGAUGAACGUGUUUUGCGCGACGGCG